GGAGAGCACCUAUGGCUGGAGACCAAUGUCUCAGGAGAUCUCUGCUACCUGGGCGAGGAGAGCUGCCAGGUCAAAUUUGCGAAAUCUGCCCUCCGGAGGAAGUGUGCGGUGUGUAAAAUUGUGGUCCACGCAGCCUGCAUGGAGCAGCUGGAAAAGAUUAAUUUCAGGUGCAAACCCACAUUCCGGGAAGGGGGAUCCAGAUCUCCGAGAGAGAACUUUGUCCGCCAUCACUGGGUGCACAGGAGACGACAGGAGGGAAAAUGCAAGCAGUGCGGUAAGGGGUUCCAGCAGAAGUUCUCCUUCCACAGUAAAGAGAUUGUGGCCAUCAGCUGCUCCUGGUGCAAACAGGCGUUCCACAAUAAGGUGACCUGCUUCAUGUUACAGCACAUCGAAGAGCCGUGUUCACUGGGGGCCCACGCCGCCGUCAUCAUCCCGCCCACGUGGAUCAUUAAGGUGAAGAAAACUCAGGUGGUCUCCAUACCAGGAGACGAACCUGAUUGGGAGGGAGACUGGAGCUCCCCAGAGAAAACGGGAGUCUCCCCCCCGAAUGGGGAGGGUUGGCAGAAUUCGCUCAAGGCCUCGAGUCGGAAGAAGAAGAGGACGUCCUUCAAGAGAAGAGUCAGCAGGAGGGGCGCCGAAGAAAACCGAGGCCGCCCGUUUGUGGUGAAGCCCGUCUCCUCCCCGCUCAUGAAACCGCUGCUCGUGUUUGUGAAUCCCAAGAGUGGAGGGAACCAGGGGACCAAGGUUCUCCAGAUGUUCAUGUGGUUCCUGAAUCCGCGUCAGGUUUUCGAUCUCUCUCAGGAAGGGCCAAAAGAUGCGCUGGAGCUCUAUAGAAAAGUGCCCAACCUACGGAUCCUGGCCUGCGGUGGGGAUGGAACGGUGGGCUGGAUCCUCUCUGUCCUGGAUGAGUUGCAGCUCAGUCCCCAACCACCCGUGGGGGUCCUGCCACUGGGGACGGGCAACGACCUGGCCCGCACUCUCAACUGGGGAGGGGGUUACACCGACGAGCCCGUCUCCAAGAUCCUCUGCCACGUGGAAGACGGGACGAUAGUCCAGCUGGACCGCUGGAACCUGCAUGUGGAGCGGAACCCAGACCUGCCUCCAGAAGAGCUCGAUGAUGGUGUCCAUAAGCUUCCCCUCAGCGUCUUCAAUAACUACUUCAGCCUCGGAUUCGAUGCCCACGUCACGCUGGAAUUCCAUGAGUCGCGAGAAGCAAAUCCGGAGAAAUUCAACAGUCGGUUUCGGAAUAAAAUGUUUUAUGCGGGGGCCGCCUUUUCUGAUUUCCUGCAGAGAAGCUCCAGGGAUUUAUCCAAACAUGUAAAAGUUGUGUGCGAUGGAACGGACCUCACCCCAAAGAUUCAGGAGCUGAAGUUCCAGUGUAUAGUGUUUUUAAAUAUACCUAGGUAUUGUGCGGGCACAAUGCCGUGGGGAAACCCAGGAGAGCAUCGAGAUUUUGAACCUCAGCGUCAUGAUGAUGGCUAUAUUGAGGUCAUUGGGUUCACCAUGGCCUCUUUGGCCGCCCUGCAGGUGGGAGGCCACGGAGAGAGGCUGCACCAGUGCCGGGAGGUGACCCUCCUCACGUACAAACCCAUCCCCAUGCAAGUGGACGGGGAGCCCUGCAGGCUGGCCCCUGCGCUCAUCCGCAUCUCCCUGAGGAACCAGGCCAACAUGGUGCAGAAGAGCAAGAGGAGAACGUCCGUGCCUUUGCUGAAUGACAUCCAUAAGGUGCAAACUGUUGACCUGCGAAGAGUCUCCGCCCCCCCUGAUUCCUUCACCACGUCUCCUGACUCCCAGGCCCAUACUUGUUCUACGAAGCCACGCUCCUUUUCCUCUACCGUCUGGUCUUCGCCGACCGAAUGCCCCCAGUCCGUCCCGGACCGCCUGCGGAUCCGCGUGAACAGGAUUAGUUUACAGGACUACGAGGGACUGCACUACGACAAGGAGAAGCUCCGGGAAGCUUCCCUCCCUUUGGGCAUUAUAGUUGUCCGAGGAGACUGUGACCUGGAGACGUGCCGAAUGUACGUUGACCGCCUACAUGAGGCAUCGAAUGUCAUAUCAUCAUCACCAUCAUCAUCAUCAUCACACCGCCAAAUCAACCCAGUCAGUCAUCGCCACCAGGGCCGGCUUCAGAUGGACCUGCAGUCGGUUUCCUCUGGUACCCAGAGAGUUCAUUACCAGGACCAGGAAACCGUGUUCCCAAGGGCGCUGUCAGCCCAGAGACUUUCCCCACGCUGGUGCUUCCUGGACGCCACUUCUGCCGAUCGCUUUUAUCGAAUUGACAGAUCUCAGGAACAUUUGCACUUUGUGAUGGAGAUUUCGCAGGAUGAGAUUUUUAUCCUGGAUCCAGAUAUGGUGGUGGCGCAGCAGGGGGGGACAUCUCCGGGGAUGCCCGAUCUGGUGGUGGAGCAGGCUUCUGGAAUGCCGGACCGGUGGAAUCCCGCUGUGCGGAAGCGCGUGCUGAGCGACAGUGGGUUGGCGAAGAUGACCCCGCACUGUGAGGUGGCAGAGAAGAAGGAAGCCGCCCAUGCCCACACGCUGCAGUCACCGACCUCUUCGGAAGAUCAAGCCCUCUUACAGGCCGUAAUAGCUGGAGAUCUCCUGAAGCUCAUUGAGUGCUGCAGGAAUGGGGGCAGCCUGUCGAUCCGGGGCCCUGACCACUGCUCCCUCCUCCACUACGCAGCCCAGACGGGGAACGGCGACAUUGUCAAAUACAUCCUGGACCACGGUCCUUCCGAGUUACUGGAUAUGACAGACAGCGAAACGGGUGAGACAGCGUUGCACAAGGCGGCUUGCCAGCGGCACCGUGGCGUAUGCCAACUCUUGGUGGAUGCGGGAGCUUCUCUGAGAAAGAUGGAUUCCGAGGGCAAGACGCCACAAGACAGAGCCCGGCAGGCCGGAGACCCGGACUUGGCUUCCUACCUCGAGAGCCGCCAGAACUACCAGAUUAUGGGGCACGAAGACCUGGAGACGGCCGUCUGACACCUCAGCCCGAGGAGGGGCACCUCGUGGAAUCGGCCGGACCCGUGUCCGGGGCAGCAGACCCGGCCGUCCGGGCCGGAGAAGCCGACGGAAUCGACCUGUCUGUCUCCCUCGUGCAGGAUCUCGGAAAAGAGGCCACCGCCUCCUAAGGGCUACUGAGACGGGCCGCGGAUCGGCUGCGCCCUACUCCCCAGCCCGCGGCGGGGAUGAGGCGGGGGGCUACCGUGGAAUACCGUGGUCCCCGAGAUGGGAUCCGUAUUGCUUCCAGCAAGUAGCAUGAACUUCUCCUGUGUUCACCUGUACAAUGUAUUUUAAAGCAACAAAGGAAGAAAUAAAAAGCUAGGAUGUUCC